AUGGAAGAUUACGAGCGAAACUCAAAUUCUCCAAGUCACGAAGAAGAUUCUGAUGUACGUAAAGGUCCAUGGACAGAGGAAGAAGAUGCAAUCCUCGUAAACUUCGUCUCUAUUCAUGGUGAUGCUCGUUGGAACCACAUAGCUCGUUCCUCUGGGCUUAAGAGAACUGGUAAAAGUUGUAGAUUAAGAUGGCUUAAUUACUUACGUCCAGAUGUUAGAAGAGGCAACAUCACUCUCGAAGAACAAUUUAUGAUCCUCAAACUCCAUUCUCUUUGGGGCAAUAGCAAUCUUUUCAAAGAGACAAUGAGAAAUGUUUGGAUGCCGAGAUUAGUGGAAAGAAUUAACGCCCAAACAUCUUCCGCCACGUGUGAACAAGCCGAGUCAAUGAUCACCACCGACCCAGGUCAACGUAUCGAAGAACCGAAUCCGGUCGGACCGGAUUUCGUUCAAUUCAACACGAAUCAUCAAGGGUUCGUACCGGUAUCGGAAUUAUCCGCGACGUCUUCGAAUUCUCCUGCUGAGACGUUAUCGGAUGUUCAAGGUGGGGUGGUGAACGGGUCGGUUGGUUAUGACCCGGCGGGUCAACCUGGUUUCGGGGAGUUCAACGAUUGGGGCUGUGUUGGUGGUGGGGACAAUAACAUGUGGACCGAUGAUUUUUGGUUCUUGCAGGACCAGUUGUGUCAUGAAACGACAUCGUAUUCGUAUAAUUAA